AUGUCGCAACAGCGCAACUUCGCCGACAUCGCCGUCCAGCUUUGCACGGACCUGCGGCACGCCAGCGAGGAACGUGCCCUUGCGGCGGUGCGGGAUGCGGUGGAAUACCUCGACUCCGCAGGUCUACCUGUCUACGCCCUGACGGUGACAAGAGACGAGCUCGACUGGCCGCUGACGCUCCUCGCCGCGAAGCGCGGGCACGUCACGGUCCUCGAGGCGCUCGUGGACGCCGGCUGCCACCUGAAUGACUCCCUGCCGGCGUCGGGCAACACUGUGCUGCACGUCGCGGCCAUGGAGGGCCACCUGCGCGUUCUGAAGUUCGUCCUCGAGAAGGCCAAGCUGCUGCCACGAACGCCUCGGGGCCACGAAUGCCUCAGCGUAGACGUGUGCAACAAGAACGGCGACGCGCCCCUCCACUUCGCGCUGGCAAGCCAACAGAUCGCGGCGGCAGCGACGCUCCUGCACGCCGGCGCGAGCCCGCGGGCUUUCAACUUCGCAGGGCUCACUGCGCUGAUGUGCGCGGCGAACUCCGGGCAGCCCGCGUGCGUGUCGCUCGUGCUGCGCGCCAUCCCCGUCGCGGAGCACGCGGACCAGCUCAGGAGGGUCGACGUGCACGGCAACACCGCGCUGCACUUCGCGUGCGGCGCGGGUGCAGCGCAGGUGGCGCGGCUGCUCCUGGACGCCGGCGCGGACCUCUUCGUCAGGAACAAGGCGAAGCAGACGCCACUGCAGGCCGCGGAGGCGGCGGGGGCCGAGGCGGUCGUCGCGCUGGUCCAGCCGCUGUGGGAGGAGGCCGUGCAGAGGUCCGAGGAGGCGAAGGCGGCGCUGGAGCGCGACGAGCGGGAGCAGCGGGAGAGGGAGGAGAGGCGGCAGACAAAGCAGAUCAAGGCGGGGAAACAGGGGGGGUGUGUUGUGGCGGAGGCCGAAGUGCAGACUGACGAGGCCGUGCAGGUUGAGGCGGUGUCGGAAGCACCGAGUGACGGCCCGUCGGACGGGGAGGAGCCGGGGGACGAAGGCUUGGGGGGUGCGGGGCUGCAGGGCGCUUGGGCGCGGCAGCUGCAGCACGCAGCUCUGAACGACUGGGGGCGCGGCAGCGAGGAGGGCGAGGAGGACGCGGCGGGGCGCGGGUCCGAGGCGGGCGGCGCGCGGGCGCCGGCGUGGGUGAAGGAGGCGCAGGCGCGGAUGGCGGAGGUGUGUCCACGCGCGAUGGCGCUGGACCUGCAGCCGCGGCACGUGCUGGGCGUGGGGGUGGCGGAGCUGUCGCUGUCGCAGCUGGACGCGCUGCUGGAGCUGCACCAGGUGGCGGUGAGGGAGGUGCACGAGGCGCAGAUGGCGGCGAUACGCAAGCAGGAACGGUCGCGGCUGCUGAACCCGCGAAUCGUGUGA